UUGCUUCUCAGAAUUUCUCUGUGGAGGUAAUUGAAAGGUAAAGAAGAAGCACUUGAAGCAACAAUGAGAAGAAAAACUGUGUUGAUCUCCGUGCUUGUUGGGUUGUUCAGUUAUAUUGUAAUUCAUGCUUAUGGGGAGAAUGCAAAGAUGGCUAGUUUUCCAGAGAGUCAUUACUAUGAUAAGAUGAAACGAAUGCAGGGGCUUAAGGAUUCACUACUCCGCCGUGAUUUGACUUCUGUUUCUCAUAUUUCCAUUUCACCAUCACCAAGCUAUACCCCCACGAUGUCAUCAAGAUCUCGAAUUUAUCGUGUAAUCGACUAUGGUGCAGAUCCAAGUGGAAAAACAGAUAGCACCGAAGCACUCCUCAGGGCAAUUUCUGAUGCUUUUCAAGCCCCAAGUAACAGAGUUCUUAUGCAGGGGAUCGUUGAUCUUGGUGGUGCAGAGGUUUACCUUGAUGGAGGCUCUUACAUGAUAAGUCACCCCUUGCAACUUCCAUCUAGUGGUGGGGGAAACCUCUUGAUUCAUGGGGGAUCACUGCAAGCAUCUGCUGAUUUCCCGACUGACCGGUAUUUGAUAGAGUUGUCUACAUCUUCAGCUAGUGCAGAGAAACAGGAAAAACACAAUUCCAUGGAAGAGCAGCUUUCCUCAUCAACCUAUAGUUAUGAAUUCAUCACCCUCAAAGACCUUCUGUUAGACUCCAACUAUAGAGGAGGGGGAAUUUCAGUUAUCAACUCACUUAGAACUACUAUAGAUAAUUGUUACAUUACCCAUUUCACAUCCAAUGGAGUCUUGGUCAAAGGUGGCCAUGAGACCUACAUUAGAAACUCUUUCCUGGGCCAACAUAUAACUGCUGGGAAUGAUCCAGGUGAGAGGAACUUCUCAGGCAUUGCAAUCAACCUUAUGUCCAAUGAUAAUGCUGUCACAGAUGUUGUCAUCUUUUCUGCUGCGACUGGAAUACUAGUAUCUGGUCAGGCUAAUACACUCUCUGGGGUACAUUGCUAUAACAAGGCUACUGGUUUUGGUGGAACUGGAAUUUAUCUACAGCUUCCCGGUUUGACACAAACCCGGAUCGUAAAUUCGUACUUGGAUUACACCCGCAUUGUCGCAGAGGAUCCAGUACAAUUACAUGUCUCAAAUUCACUCUUCCUUGGAGAUGCUUUUGUUCUAUUCAAGUCUAUUAAGGGUGUGGUGAGAGGUGUAAACAUUGUUGAUAACAUGUUCUCAGGAAACGGUAAUGGGAUCGACAUUGUUCAGUUGGAUCAAUCGAAUGGACCUUUCACAGACAUCGAUCAAGUUGUGAUUGACCGGAACAAUGUAAAUGGGAUGACACUAAAGGCAACUGUUGCAAGAGGAUUGAAACAAGGGAAUGGAAGCUUAUGGGACAUUGACUUCAAUCAGAUUCUACUAUUUCCUAACCUCAUAAAUCAUGUGUUAUACACAUUAAGCACGAGUGGUUCGUUCCCUAAUCAUGCCUUGCGGAAUGUGUCUGGGAACCAUGUUGUUGUUGAGUUAGAUAAGCCAGUAACUGCUAGCAUCUAUGUUAUGGUGGAUCAAAGUCCUGUAGUUGCUGGAUGACCUGAUUUGUUAUGAUUUUUUAGGAAGAAAAAGGAGAGAAUACAAGGUAUCCCAACAUGUCUCAGUGAUCAUACAGGCUGAUCUCAUCUAUGUAUUAGAAGAAUCACAAAGUGCAGAAUUGAAACUUUGAAUUGACCAACAAUUUGAUGAAAACAAUGCUUCUACAGUGGAAAGGGUUCAUUU